AUGACCACUGAAGCAGAAGCUAUUGCUGAAGCCGCCGAAGGGCCUGCGUUUAUCGGCAUCUUCAUCAAUGUUAUGCUGUACGGGGCCAUGCUCACCCAAACUUUCUUUUACUACUCGACCUAUAGAAACGAUCCAAAAUGGAUAAGGGUCUAUGUAGCCGUGUUGUUCUUCGCGGACACGCUUAAUACUAUCUUCAAUUGUGCCUGGAUCUACGGGGUCCUCAUCAAUAACUUCGGGAACGAGGAAGCCUUGGGUGUCGGCAAUUGGCUGUUUCAGACUGAUCAGGCAAUGACCGGCGUCAUCUCGAUGCAAGUCCAGAUCUUCUACGCCUGGCGGCUGCAUAAGCUCAGCGGGAACCCAUUUCUGGUGGCGUCAGUUCUUAUUCCCUCGGUUGUUGGUGGCCGAAUAGGUACAGCAAUUGGCGUCGGCAUUCUGCCUCAACUAGCUGGUUUGCAACGUUUAACGAUUAUCGUGUCUCUUUGGCUGGCGGGCUCCGCUCUCGCCGACGUCAUCAUUGCUGGUGCUCUGACUUGGCAACUACGCAAGAACCGCACGGGCUUCUCUUACACCGACACGAUGGUUACCAGGAUCAUUACACUCAUCAUGUCCAACGGUGCUUUGACUGCGGUCUUUGCUGUGGCUGAUCUCAUCGCAUAUCUGGCGUCGACAAAGGGAUAUCACUUGAUAUUCAACUAUUCACUAGCCAAGCUUUACGGAAAUUCGGCGAUGUCCAGUCUGAACGCGCGAGCCAUUUUGAAGAACGCUGCGACCAGCCACUCUUCUCAGGGAGAAGCUCAACGGAUGACUGCGGGGAGGAACCCUGACAUCGGAACUUUCGUCAAGAGCAACACUGGUCGGCCGGCACAGAUCAUGGUGAACGUGGAAACACAUGAGCUAGCGGAUGUCAGUGGCCAGGACGCGAAGCUUCAUAUGGAAUGGCAAGACCACUCUACCAUUAAUGACGUGAAGGGCGACAUUGACGUCGUCUGA